AUGGCUGCUGUUCCCGCUGACGGUACCUGGUUCGACACCCUCAAGAAGUCCUUCGCGGACGUCCCCAUUGACGCCGCCAACGACGAUGCCAUCUCCACUGCCGAGUUCCUAGAGGCCGCUGAGGCCCUAGUGUCCCUAUUUGAUGUUAUCGGCUCUGCAGCUUUCAGCCCCGUCAAGAGCGACCUGACGGGCAACAUCAAGAAAGUCAGAGAUCGCAUGCUGGCUGCUCCUGCUGAGUCUCAGACUCUGCAGGAACUUGUCCUGAAUGAAUUGAAGACUGGCAAGCACACUGCCACUGAGGGUCUGGUCUGGCUGGUCCGCGGUCUCGAUUUCACCGCCCAGGCUCUCCGCCACAACCUUCAGAACCCCAAGGACGAGUUGUCUACUUCCUUCCGCCAUGCCUACGGCGGCACGCUCAAGCCCCAUCACAGCUUCAUGGUUAAGCCCAUCUUCAGCGCUGCCAUGUCCGCCACACCGUACCGUGCCGACUUCUACAAGAAGCUGGGUAGCGACCAGUCCAAGGUCAACACCUCUAUGGAGAAGGAGGUUGCGGCUUUGGAGAAGGUUGUGACCAUCCUGAAGACCUUUUUGGCGCGCAAGGACACCCAGUGGAAGUAA